AUGCGAGACAAAUUUAACGUUAUUAAUUAUUAUACAGAUAGUGGCAGUGCUCUAACAAGCGAGGAUAGUUGCGAUCCUAAAGAUCUGAAGCUGUGUGUUGAUGCUACACCACGAACGCAAGUUGGUCUCCCUCGAAACAAGGAAGAACUGGAUAAACACUGUCUGGCUUAUCACACUGGUAUGUCUUGUAUGGAUGCGUGGAUUAAACGUUGUCUGCCAACGGAUGGGCAGAAGAUAGUUCAGCAGCAAAUUGGAGGUGCACGACUACUCAUGCGUUAUUUAUGCACUAAUGGAACAGGAUUACGAAAUGAUUUCCUGAAGGAGCCAUCAUGUUGGUUGCUGGUGUCAUCAGACUGGUCACGAUGUGUAGACGAGCUGCAACUGGCUGCAAGAGAGAUUUCCGAGCGCUCCCACCACAUAGUUUUCUUCAACAAGAAUACUGAGCUGUGCUGCGCUCGAGAUGCCUUCGUGUCGUGUGUGAGUCGGGCAGGACGAGCGUGUUCGGCGUCAUCUGCAGCGUUGUUGCGCCGCAUGUCGUGGGUACUGGCGCAGGAUAUAGCUGCUUGCAAUCAACAACCGCGAGUGGUAUGCAGUGCUCCACAACAGCAAGGUCUUACAUUGCUUGCUGCUCUCUCUGGCGUACUAUUGUGCCCUCUGGCCCUAUAA